GGCAGUGUCGGAGGAGGGUCUGAACCACAGCACCGUUUUCAGUACAAAUGUUGGCGCUCUCAGAAGAGAAGACCAUCGUGGAGAAGAAGACAAGUUGACAAAUAGCCAAGUGAACGUCACAACAAAGGCUGCCAUGGGAGCUGCAGUGUCUUUUCCGCUCCUUAGCUGUGUUCCAUGUCUGUGCAGCAGCGCCACAUGUCUCGUGUGCAGCUGCUGUCCAAUCAGCAGGAACUCCACCGUGACCAGGAUCAUCUACGCUUCCAUUCUGCUGCUGGGGACCGUUGUGGCCUGCAUCAUGUUGUCACCGGGUGUGGAUCAGCAGCUUAAAAGGAUCCCUGGCUUCUGUGAAGAUGGGGCAGGUUCUUCCAUCCCUGGCUUGCAAGCAGAUGUUGACUGCCAAAUGUUUGUUGGCUACAAGGCAGUGUACCGGGUGUGUUUUGGACUGAGUACGUGGUUCCUGGGCUUUUCCAUUCUAAUGAUUAGCAUCAAGAACAGCAGAGACCCCCGGGCUGCCAUCCAUAAUGGAUUUUGGUUCUUCAAGAUUGCUGCAUUGGUGGCCAUUACAGUUGGUGCCUUUUACAUUCCAGAUGGGAUGUUUACCUAUGUUUGUUUUGUUGUAGGCUCUGCUGGGGCGUUCCUCUUCAUUGUGAUCCAGCUGGUGCUGCUGGUUGACUUUGCUCACUCCUGGAAUGAGUCUUGGUUGGAGAAAAUGGAGAAUGGACACUCAAAGGGCUGGUAUACAGCUUUGCAGGCAGUCACGAUCAUCAACUACAUGCUGUCCUUCAUUGCUGUUGUUCUCUUCUUCAUCUUCUACACCAAAGCUAAUGAUUGCUUCAUCAACAAGUUCUUCAUCAGCUUCAACAUGCUCUUCUGCAUAGUGGCUUCUGUUAUCUCUGUGCUGCGCAAAGUACAGGAAUCUCAACCUCGUUCUGGUCUUCUACAGUCCUCCAUUAUCACCUUAUACACCAUGUUCCUCACCUGGUCGGCCAUGAGCAACGAGCCAGAUCGAACAUGCAACCCAAGCCUGCUGAGUAUCUUUCAGCAGAUGGCGGCGCCCACUGUAGCUCCCAUGGAGAUGGAAAACCAGACUGCUGUGGUGAUCAUUGGCACAGAGGAACCCAUCCUCACAUCGCCUUACCUGCAAUGGUGGGAUGCUCAGAGCAUCGUGGGCCUGGCCAUAUUCGUCUUAUGCAUCAUCUACUCGAGCAUUCGAUCCUCCAGCACCAGCCAGGUGAACAAACUGACCAUGGCCUCCAAAGACUCCACCAUCCUGGCAGAGGACGGCAGUCUGGACUCAUCCAUUGAGACAAGUGGACCGAGGCGGGUGAAGGACAAUGAGCAAGACCUAGUCCAAUACAGUUACUCCUUUUUUCAUUUCAUGCUCUUCCUUGCCUCACUGUACAUCAUGAUGACCCUCACUAACUGGUACAGUCCGAAUACAGACUACAGCAUCAGCAGCAAGUGGCCAGCAGUGUGGGUGAAGAUCUCCUCCAGUUGGUUGUGUUUGUGUUUGUACGUGUGGACCCUGCUGGCUCCUAUGAUCCUCACCAACCGAGAUUUCAGCUGAUCUUCUUCCACACACACAGAACUACCACAUCAUCAGUGUGAGCCAAUCAUGUAAGGUACGCUGCUUGUCACGCUUAGUUCUUUGAAGAAGCCAAAAGUGCCACAACUGCUGCUUGCGCCACUCGCUUAUCCUUACUGCUUUCAUUUGAUGUUUUUGUACACUCCCAUCCAAGCUACUGAAAUGUCAUUAUUUGUGGAUCUUAAGUCACAUUUUAGAUAUUUAUGUAUAGGCAUUUGCUAGUAUGUUUAUCCCUUAUGACCAUUCCAUAACGUAAGAAAGCAGCACAUUCUGAUUUUUGCCAAAUAUUUCUAUAUUCCACUUGUAUAACAUGUUUUCAAAUGUGGAAAGUUGAAACAAAAUGUUUAUAUACUAUACUUUUAUUACAGUAAAAAACUACAUGUGAAAAAGAUCAUUGUUAUCAGUGUUUUGUGUUGACAUUUUCUUUGCAUGAACUGGUCAAAGUUUAUUUCUAGCCCAUAAUCACAAAAAGUGCUUUACAAGCAGGCAACGUUAGAUGACAUCCCCUGAUCUGAACCCCCAUCCGGGCAAGGAAAAACUCAAAACCCAUUUAGGGAAAAAAUAAACCUUGAGGAGGGAGGAAUCACCCUUCCAGGAUGACCAGUCUGCAAUGGAUGUCGAGUGGGCAACACAAUAGUAUAUACAAAGUACAUUUUGUGUGGUAGCCAGUCGACCAGUCAAGGGUAUAACCCGCCUCUUGCCUGAAGUCAGCUGGGAUAGGCUCCAGCAUAACCCGCGACCCUAGUGAGGAUAAGUGGCAUAGAAAAUGAAUGGAUGGAUGGACAAAGUAAAUUCAAAUAGCAUAGUAGUCCGGUUCAUAUGUAGUGACAUCAGGAGAGUUGGUCAGCCGUGGGUCUUGGGAUGAGCAUCAGCCCAAGCGGGGCCCUUAAACGUGGACCACAACAGAUAUUAUUGCAUUCUAUGUCUACAUGUGUACUGAAUCUAUAGAAUUUAUUAAAUGAGUGACAUUAAAUAUUAAGCUUUUUUUAAUGUCUUUGUUUUGAAGAUGGUACUCUGUGGUUAAGAAACCUUGGCAUUAGGGUUAAAACAAAAAACAUGACUUAUCUUUCGUUAUUUUUUAUUGUCCAAAAACAAGACCGGUCUCCCAAAAAAUUCAAAAGUCGUCAUCAAAAACUGAAGUAAUCUAAUAGACUUAAUUGAAUAUCCUGUCACUUAUAUGAUGAUACCUUAUGGUGUUUUAUACAAUGGGUAAACUG